AAAAAAAAACCAACUCACUGUUUUAGUGAGUCAGUCAUUCUGAGGAAAUUAAUAGCUCAGAGUUCUUUGUGAGGCCCGGCUGACUAAGAGGCUGUGUGAAACACACACACAGACACACACACACACACACACACACACACACACACACACACACACACACGCACGAGUACACACUCUUGUGGGAUUUUUCAUAUUUCUGGCUGAGCUCUGUGCAGCCAUUGGUCAGCCCCCUUCCUGUGAGUGUGUUUCCUGAUGCUUUUUGUGUCAUGGCAGACCUCCCUCUGUAAGGAAGGAGUCUGUUUCUCAACUCAACCCAACACACACAAACACACACACAGGCUCUCAUCACUUGUUUUUGUUUCCUGGCUCCCCAGCUGCUCCGACCCUUCCCUCCCCUCUUUCUCUCUUUCUGUCACUCUCCUCGGCCCAUUCCACUUCUCUCCUCUCCUCCCUGCAUUUGUGAGUGUGUCUUUGGGUUAGCAAUGUGUUGUUCGGUGGGUUUCGCCAGGUCCCUGGGUCUGGCCCUGCUGCCUCUGGCCCUCUGCUGUAUCCUGGCCAACCUGCUGCUGCUGUUUCCCAUGGGAGAAAUCACCUACAUCCAGCAGGGCCGCCUGGCCAGCUACAUCUGGUAUUUUGGUGGACUAGGAGGCGGGGGAGUGCUGAUGCUGGUUCCAGCUGUGGUCUUCAUCACUCUAGGGAAAUGUAGCUGCUGCUGGAAUGCAAGCUUAAUGAUGUGCGGGUCAGUGUUGGCAGCUGUGGUCGGCCUCGUGGGGUCUGGCUACUGUUUCGUCAUGUCGGGGUUCGCCUUAAUACAGGGUCCCAAGUGCUUCACCUCGCAUGGAUGGUCCUACCCUUUUGCAGACCAGUGGGGCAGGUACCUCUUAGAACCAGAGAAAUGGUCAUGGUGCCUUCAGCCGGUUCACAUCGUCGAGUGGAACGUGACUCUGCUGUGCGUGUUACUGGGGCUCUCUGUGCUGGAGUUCAUCAUCUGUCUCUUACAGCUGGGAAACGGUUUAGUCAAUGCUGUCUGCCGGCCCUGUUGCUACAAGCAGGAGUACAGUCUUAAUGCUUAGACCAACACAUGUGUGUAUGUAGACACACCUGCAGAGACACAAGUACAUGUGCACA